GGCGACAUCACCAGGACGAGAAGGGGCGGCAACAGGAGGGAUCACUCAGUACCUGACUUGGGGUUUUGUUUUUCUACCGUUCUUCUUUAUGUGAUCAAAACUAAAGGAGGGAAUGAAUUGUGAAAGAGAAAUGCUGUCACUAAUCUUGCUUGCUAUAUUGCUGGCAUUAUCUAAGUACCACCCCAGAGUAAAGGAUCACCUGCAGAAGAUGUACGUCUGCUGGAAUGAUCUUUUGGAAGAACCUCAGCUCUCAGCCUGGUUUAAUCCAAAAAAACGUCCUGAUGUUAUAUCAACAACUUGUUGGCUCGCUCCAGUCAUAUGGGAAGGAACUUACGAUAGACAAGUUCUAGACAAAUAUUAUAAGCGACUGAACAUUACCAUAGGCUUGGCUGUCCUUGCUACUGGAAACCUUACAAGACAGUAUCUGAGACACUUCCUAAAAUCUGCUGAUAAGUACUUCAUGGUUGGCUACAACGUUAUUUUUUACAUCUCCACUGAUAACAUCUAUGAUAUACCGUACGUAGAGCUGGGUCCUCUUCGGUCAUUUAAAACAUUGAGGCUGCCUGAUGAAGAUUACAAUCAAGGCCAUACUCUCCGAAGCAUGAAGAACAUAAGAGAUAAGAUCAUACAGGACAUCCAAUAUGAGGUCAACUUUCUCUUCACUAUGGCUGUGAACCAAAUCUUCAAAAAAGAUUUUGGAGUUGAAACUCUGGGCAAAUCUGUAGCUCAACUCCAUUCAUGGUGGUAUUUAAAAAACCCCAGAGAGUUCCCAUAUGAGAGAAGAGUUAAGUCAGCCGCUUUUAUCCCCUUUGGGAAGGGAGACUUCUAUUACCACAGUGCCAUUAUUGGUGGCACACCCAAGAAUGUUCUAGCUUUCAUCAAAGAGUAUCUAAAGGGAAUUACAGAUGACAGCACAAAGAAACUUGACAGCACAUAUGAAAGCCACCUAAAUAAAUAUUUUUUAAUCAAUAAACCCACUAGGGUGUUAUCACCAGAGUACAACUGGAAUCCGAAACUUAAAACUCCUCCUCAAAUCAAGCGCAUUAAGAUAGCAUGGCGACCAUGAAUUACUUGAUGUUGUGUCAUAGAGUUUAUGAAUUCACAAAUAAAUAACAAGAAUUCGUCAAAUAUAAAACUUGGGACACUUACAAAAAUGCAUAAUCUUCCAGAGUAAAUUAUCUGUCUUUGAAAUUCUAUUUCAUCUGAGUAAAAAUAAAUGGACAAGUAUUA